AUGCAGCAGGCCACAAACAUUGGUCAAAAGCUUGGCUUCUUCGACGGAAAGUCUCCAAUCGCCCGCAAGACGACUGAAGAGAUGACUGAGGAUGACCGCAUGUGCUGUCAUGCUGCCUGGAGCAGCUUCAACUGGAGGAUGGUUGUUUCGCUCUUUUACCGCCAACCCGAGGUGGUUGCGAUUGACCAAACGCCAACACUCCCCAUAUUGGACCGCUGGUCUAGUGGCCGUACACGGCAGUCGCCGCUUUCAGCUACAGAUGACAACACCCCCUUGGACAUUUCAACCUCAGUUGGCGUUGCCUUUACGGCACUGUGCCAGCUCUGGAGCAUGUUACACGAAUUUCUCUGGGUAUACUACCCAAGUAGGAUGGAUGCUACUCCAAGAGACCAGAAGUGGAAGCUAACGGAGCAUAAAUUCCGAGAAAUCCUCGCCUGGACUUCGCGUCUUCCAGACGUUCUUGCUCUGGUAGAUUCACGUCCAUCACACGUUCAUGUGCUCCAUAUAUGGAUACACGCUGCUCUUAUGGACCUCCUCCGCCCGUUCAUUGGCCAAGAGGACAGAGCGGGCAAGCGUCUUACGACAUUUGCAGCUGAAGACAACCAUGCAAUUUAUGCAUACAAGGCUUCAGCCAACCAGCUUAAGCGCCUUAUUAUGGAAUAUCGAGGCCGCCAUGAGGCGUCGACGUAUUCGAUCCUCUGGCAUACGGGUCUACUGUAUCUCGUAAAUGCCAUGCUCGAGAAACCACGGGAUCCAGACUGGCACUUAUACUUCCUGCUCUGUAUCCAUGACUACGAAAUCCUGCGGCGUCCAUAUCCCAUCUCAGAAGCCAUUAGCAAAAGCCUCCUUGAGAUCACGCUUCGCAAGACAGGCAUGCCAGCAGAGAAGGCGCGCCGAAUCUUACAGUGUAUCGAGCGCAGUGGCUUGGAGCGGGUCGAUGAUAAAAUCCGGGCACCAUUCGUAGGCGACCUGGAAAUGGCCUUGAAGGAUGCCGAUGGUUCGAGUGUGGAAAACUACGGCGAGCUUUUUUGA